GAAUUUUGACGUUUUGUUUUGACGAGUCCGGUGUUUGCGUUGACGCGGAUAGGAGAUUUUGUUAGGUUAGAAUUUAUUCAAGUUCAUUUAUUAUAAACUUGGAUACCGUAUAUCUACAAUAAACUCGUAAAUAAUAUACAAUUAUAAUUGUUUGUAUUAAAGGGAUGAACUUUAAUAAAUAUUGGUUUGAAUUAUCAAUGCACAUUUUAAUAUAAUUUUAGCUAUGGAAGUUAAAAUACAUGUAGAUGACAAAAGUAGACUGAUAGAUUCACGUACUAAUACAGAAGUAAAGAUAUUAUUUUAUGAUAUCAGUGGUUAUAGCUCUUAUAAACAAGUUGUCAUUUGCUCAAUUGGAGUUUUUUUGUUUUACAUCAUCUAUGGAUACUUGCAGGAGUUGAUAUUCACACUUCAUGGAUCCCAUGCUUUUGGAUGGUACCUCACACUUGUACAAUUUGCCUUUUACUCCAUAUUUGGAUUUAUAGAACUUGCUCUCCAAGGGAAAACGGGUGAGAGGCAAGUCUCCCUGAAGGUUUACAGUCUAUGGGCCUUCCUUUCUCUUGGGACAAUGGGAUUCUCGAAUACUUCCCUGGAACAUCUCAACUAUCCCACCCAAGUUAUGUUCAAGAGCUGUAAACUGAUUCCGGUUAUGAUUGGCUCUAUCAUAAUACUGAAGAAGAAAUAUACGGUGAUUGAUUAUUCAGCCGUCUUAUUGAUGUGUUUGGGGUUGACGCUGUUCACGCUAGCUGAUAGCAGGCUAUCGCCUAGAUUCAGUGUAGUAGGUGUGGUGAUGAUUUCUUGUGCUCUACUCUGCGACGCAGUGAUAGGAAAUGUCCAAGAGAAGGUGUUCAAGGCACAAUCGCCUCCGAUGUCAGAAGUUGUCUUAUACUCCUAUUCGAUUGGAUUUUUUAUUCUAUUGACAGUUAUGACUGUAUCUGGCAGUCUAGUGCGCGGCAUAUUGGUUGUUCCAAAUGUGUUUUACUUGUAUGCCAGUUUAUUCUCACUGUCAGGAUACCUUGGAUUGCAAAUUGUGCUGACCCUAGUCAAAACUUCAGGCGCGCUUAGUGCGGUCACUAUAACGACUUGUCGCAAGGCUGUCUCCAUACUUCUUUCAUUCAUCUUCUUCGCUAAGCCUUUCACAUUCCAAUACCUUUGGGGAGGAUCUCUCAUAGUUAUCGCUAUAUACCUGAAUGUUUUGAGCAAAAGUAAUAAGGAGUUAAUACGCUAUCUUCAACAUAUGCCACAACAAAUUCUAAGUCACAUGAGGCCGCUUUCAAGAGAGAGAAAAAACAUUCUAGCAACUGUUCCUCUGUCAAAUUGUGAGGCACAAGAAGUUGUUUAAAACUAAAUAAUAAUUAUCACUCGUCGAAAUCCUUGGAAACGUCACAUAUUUGUUGGAAGUUAACUGGAGUACACUGAGUUUCAUUUCACAAUAUAAAUUAAUUCAAGAUGGAUUUUGGAGAGAAAUUCUUGUAUCGCCGAAUUGAGGGAAUAGUUCCGGCACCUUGAUUGCGCAUUCUUUAAACUUUUCAUGAAUCCAGCCAGGAAUGUCCAUGAUGUUGAAAAAUAUGAAGGAUUGUAUUGUGUUAUUUCAUUAUAAAUAAUUAGUUUUUCUUUCAAUUUGCAUUUCCGUAAAUAUAUAUUUUG